AUGUCCGAAGGUUCUACGGAACAGUUCGCUGUUAAAGAUUGUCCAACAUGUCAAAGGCGGCGUAUCAAGUGUGAUCGGAGUCUUCCAGGCUGUCUUAAAUGUGGGAAGCGCAAUUUAGAAUGCCCUGGCUACGGCCUACAGCUGAAAUGGGUCCAGGGCGUCGCCAGCCGCGGUAGUCUGCGGGGCAGAGCAUUUCCCUCCGUCAAUGCUCCUAUUACAGCAUCAAACUCGCCUCAUCCUUCGGGAAGUUUAACAGAGACUCAUACUACUAGAGACAGCAUAAAUGCUCUAGAUCAGUACAGCUACUCCACGGCACGUUUCUCGUCGGGACCUCUUCCGCCUCCCGCUUCGGAACUUGGCUUAUCGCAAGCUCGACCACUGCACGUUUCACGGUUGCUCUCUUGGUUCAACGACCGAGUCGCCCAUCGGCUUGCGUGGGUCCCGCAACAAAAUGCAUGGCGUCACAUGAUUCUGCCAAUGGCUGAGAGCUCGGAAACAGUCCUUUCUUCCAUUCUCGCUAUCGCCGCUCAUGACCUAGCAUCGGAGUAUCCUCCAAAUGACCUGGGACAUGGAACAUUUCAGCAGAUGUCGAAAAGCUAUCAAAAUAAAUCCCUUGCCUUUCUGGCUCAAGAGUUGAACAGUCUUUCUAUAUCGUCUACAUCGGCAUUGGAAGCGAGCACAACAUCUGCCUACACCCUUGCAUCUGUGAUUAUUCUCUGUAAUAAUGAGUUCAUGAGACCACAAGGCGCUGGGUGGAGACUUCAUCUCUCCGCUGCGAGGGAGAUCAUCCUGGCGGCAGGGAACCGACCUCGCCGGCACCACCAGCUAGCCUGCAUCGAACAGUUUCUCGAGUUAGAAUUCUACGAGGCUUCGGUGUGGGCUGACUUGACGACGUUUGGUAACUACAACAUGAAGAUCAAGACUCCUCCUGCUAGCGCUGAGAAUGCAGUCUUCACCGACUUCAUUCGGGUCAUUGACCAAAUCACUCGCCUUGAACGUCUGAGAUUUUGUUCCAGGACAAUCGAACAGGCUCCAUCGUAUGGCCCGAUGCAAGACAUCCGGUCGCAGAUUGAAUCAGCUCGAAACAGCAUGAUGCGUCUGAGUGGAUCCAUUCACUUCUCCUCUGAGGCUGAUCAACAUGGCUUUGAAUUGGUAAUCUGGAUGUACUACCACGCAACUCUCAUUUACAGCCAUCAAGCUUUAUUGGAGGUUGCUACUUGUGGUUAUGAUGUACGCAAGUCUCGGGACGAAAUCCUCCACUAUGUACAAUUUCUCUCCGAGACUCGAGACGGCAUGUUCGCUCAGGACCUUGUCUGGCCGCUUUUCAUGGCAGGAACUGAACUCCGAGGACAUCCUACCGGUCAGAGGAUUAUUCAGGAAUGUUUUGGCAAUGUCAUGCGUAUCAGCCGCACUCUUGAUAGAACGCGUGUUCUCUCGUUCGUUGAGACCUGGUGGAACGAUCCUGGUACUCACACAUCUUGGAUUCAGAUGGCUCGAAAGCAAGCUCAAUCUUCGCAGUGUGACAUUCUCAUUGUAUGA